AUGUCGACGUACCCGCUCCGUGGAAUCCUGUACUUCUUAGGCGAUAAACAUCUCUGGCGCAUGACGAUAUACCCAGUCCUCUUGACAGUAUCUGUAGCAUUUGGUGUAGCUGUGACGCUUUUUGCCUUUACCUUACAUUGGCAGGAACAAGUUUUAUCGAAAUUUGGUCUGUCAAGUUUUUUUGCCUGGAUUUUUGCCGUGAUUUUUGUAAUUAUCCAAGUAUUUCUCAUUACAAUUUUGUAUGGACUUUUCGUCCUUGAGUGGUUUAUGGAUAAAAUCUUUGCUUACGUUCUGAUCCAACAAGGAUAUCGUGAUCUGGUCGAAAAUAAAGAGCGCCACUCUCCUUUUCUACGCGUGAUGACGUCCUGUUGCCGUGUUAGUGUACUUUUACGACUGGGACUGCUUAUUAUUACGUUACCAUUAAAUAUGAUCCCAGUACUUGGAAAUAUCACGUAUGCGUGGCUCAAUGGCACGCUAAUGGCUUGGGAAUCUCAUUUGUAUUAUUUUGAAAUGAAAGCUUUUGAUUAUGAGCAGCAACAGCAACUUGUGUCACAACGCAAGUUUCAAUAUUCAGCAUUUGGGAUGCAAGCUUUACUAUUGGAAAUGAUUCCUAUUGUUGGAGCUAUUUUUAUGUUUACGAAUGCUGUGGGUGCUGCGCUUUUUGCUGCUAGUAUUGAGAAAGAUUUGGAAAAGAAAGGGCUUUGGAAGAAUUGCAAGUUCAAGUGGUGUGGCAAGGACCAUGAAGUUAAGAAGACUCAUGAGAAAACCAAGGAGAUGGAUAAGGUGCCGCUUGUUAACAAACAGGGGACGUAUAUACCGCCGUAUGGCACCACGUCGAAGCAGUGUUGA